UAUGAAAGAGGCGCAGAUGCAUAUAAUGGUAAGCAGUUUCUUUGUUUCAUUGAGCUUCUUCUCUUUCUCUCCAUGGAGCUCGAGAAGUGAAUCAAAAACAAAUUAGAGCAGAAUUAAAUGAAGCUCAAAAAAUGGCAUUAAUGGCAACAACACGAACCAAGCUCUGUAGGCUCUUAACCCGGACUCUAAGACCGGGGUGCAGCGCUUUAAAUGGCUCGAUUCGGCCAGACCCAUUUAACUGCAGCUUCUCUUCAGCUUCAUCUGCUGCAGCUAUGGCUCCUCAAAGAGAGGCUAUGGGAUUGGAAGUACUGGGAGUGAAAGACUAUGAGGAUUACAGGCGGUCUCUUUAUGGAGAGAUCACUCACAAGGCUCUUCUUGUCGACGCUGUUGGCACUCUUCUUGCUCCCUCUCAGCCCAUGGCUCAGAUAUAUAGAGAGAUAGGGGAGAAAUAUGGGGUGGAGUACUCAGAAAUUGAGAUAUUGAACAGAUACAGAAGGGCUUAUGCUCAGCCUUGGGGUAGAUCUCGUCUCAGAUAUGUGAAUGAUGGGAGACCCUUCUGGCAAUAUAUAGUCAGUUCUUCCACUGGCUGUUCAGAUUCUCAGUACUUUGAAGAACUUUAUAACUACUAUACCACUGACAAGGCUUGGCAUCUCUGUGAUCCUGAGGCUGAGAAAGUAUUUAAGGCUCUUAGAAAAGCUGGUGUAAAAGUGGCUGUUGUGUCAAAUUUUGACACUCGGUUAAGACCUGUCUUGAGGGCGCUGAAUUGUGAUCAUUGGUUCGACGCUGUGGCAGUGUCAGCUGAAGUUGAAGCAGAGAAGCCAAAUCCAACAAUAUUUCUAAAAGCCUGUGAGCUGUUGGGCAUAAAGCCUGAGGAUGCUGUACAUGUAGGGGAUGACCGUAGGAAUGAUAUAUGGGGUGCCAGAGAUGCAGGUUGUGAUGCUUGGCUCUGGGGAAGUGAUGUUUACUCAUUUAAAGAGGUUGCUCGAAGGAUAGGAGUCCAGGUCUAGAGGAUCGCCCUUUAUGUUACAACAUGGACAUAGUUCCAGAGGAUCGUCCUUUAUGUUACAACUUGGACGUUGUUUCAUACGGGCAGGUUCUUCUAGCUUGUUCUUGGAGGUUUUGUACAUAGUCUGUUGUAGUGUGUAAAAGAGAGAUGUUAGGCUAUACAUGAUGUGAGCAUUACAGACAGUUUAUCUUUUCUGGUUUUGCAAAUAGUUGAAAACUUUUACUUCAAAGUCCUGUUGGUUAUUCAUCAUCUAACCUUAAAUAUAUUCCUGCAAAAGAUAGUGCGUUUUGUU